ACAUGAAUCUGAAGCACUUCUUUUCAAGACAGACAAUCAACAGCAUUUCAAGGCUCAAUGCAAGAAUUUCAUCUCCACACGCCUAUAUUUACAAAAACAUCUCCACCAUUACCACCUCAAUCUCUUCCUUCACUCAUUCACCAACCAAUCAUGACUCUAAUCUCAUCAAAAACCCUAAUUUCCCAAACCCAAUUCAAUUAUCCUGCAACAGAUACGCCCAUUCUAAUCACCCAAUCAGUGACCCAGAAGAAGAAUCAGAGGAAGAUGGAACCAUGAAUGAGUUCUUGUCCCGAUUCGUGUGGAUAAUGCGUGGUAAACUCUCUGAAGUCUACACUGACUGUGACAAGAAGACAAUUGAUGGAAUGCUUUUAAUCAUUGUUGGGAAGGUUGUAUCAGAAAUGGAAAAGGGUUUGCUUGAACAAAUGCUUGGAUCAGCUGUGGCAACCCCAUCACAUGAUGAUUUCAGUGAGGAUCUUUGGAAAACAGUUUGGGAGAUUAGCAAUGAGGUAUUGGAUGACAUGAACAAGGCUAGGAAGAAGGAGAAAAUGAAAGGGUUUCUUCAAUCUGAGGAAGUUAAGGAAAUGAGUAGAUUUGCAGGUGAAGUGGGUAUUCGUGGGGAAAUGCUUAGGGAGCUUAGGUACAAAUGGGCUCGUGAGAAAAUGGAGGAGAGUGAGUUUUAUGCCAAUUUGGAGAGCCUCCGCAAGGAAGAAGCCAAAGUGGGCGAAACCGUUGAUAAUAAAUUUGAAAUCAUGGCUGAAGAGGCUGUUGGGAAUGAGUUUGCUAUGGAUGAAGAGAGACCUAAGGUUAUUUCUCUUCCAAAGAGACAUGGGAAGAUAAGAUACAAGAUUUAUGGUCUUGAUUUAUCUGAUCCCAAGUGGGCUGAAGUGGCCGAUAAAAUACAUGAGACCGGGGAGGUAAUUUGGCCACAGGAGCCUAAAUCAAUUUCUGGGAAAUGCAAAUUGGUUGAUGAAAGAAUCCUUUCAUUGAAAGAGGAGGAGGACCCUUCUCCAUUGUUGGCUGAAUGGGUAGAGCUUCUUCAGCCUAACAGGAUUGACUGGAUUACUUUGCUUGAUAGAUUGAAAGAAAAGAAUAGUCUUUUAUACUUCAAGGUUGCAGAACUUGUUCUCAGAGAAGAAUCAUUUCAAACUAACAGUCAUGACUAUUCAAAGCUCAUUGAGGCCCAUGCUAAAGAGAACCGUUUAGAAGAUGCAGAGAGGAUUCUUAAGAACAUGAAUGAAAAAGGCAUCCUGCCCGACAUUCUCACAUUUACAGUAUUGGUUCACAUGUACAGCAAGGCAGGUAAUCUUGGCCGUGCGAAAGAGGCGUUUGAAAACUUGAGAAGCCAAGGCUUUCAACCGGACAUGAGGAUUUACAACUCAAUGAUCAUGGCAUAUGUGAAGGCCGCACAACCGAAGUUGGGCGAGUCACUGAUGAGAGAGAUGGAAGCAAGGGACAUGAAACCCACAAAAGAGAUUUACAUGGCAUUGCUCGGUUCAUUUGCCCAGCGUGGCGAUGUUGGUGGAGCUCAAAGAAUCGCUACCACGAUGCAGUUUGCUGGGUUCCAACCCAGUUUGGAGUCUUGUACAUUGCUUGUUGAGGCAUUUGGGCAAGCGAAAGACCCGGAUCAGGCGAGGGAGAAUUUCGACUACAUGAUUAAACUUGGACACAGGCCCGAUGAUAGGUGCACCGCUAGUAUGAUUGCGGCUUAUGAGAAAUGUAAUUUAUUGGAUAAGGCAUUGAAUCUUCUAUUGGAGCUUGAGAAGGAUGGUUUUGAACUGGGUGUUGCCACUUACAGUGUGCUUGUGGAUUGGUUGGCUAAAUUGCAGCUGCUUGAUGAAGCUGAGCAACUGUUGGGCAAGAUUGCUGAGCAGGGUGAGAAUCCUCCAUUUAAGGUUCAUAUAAGCCUUUGUGAAAUGUACUCGAAGGCUGGGGUAGAGAAAAAAGCUCUUCAAGCCCUAGGGCUUGUGGAGGCUAAAAAGGAUCAGUUGGGGCCGGAGGAGUAUGAGAGGAUUAUUCGCGGGCUUUUAGACGGAAGGUUUGUCCAGGAUGCUCGAAGGAUGCUUGGGUGGAUGGAGGCUCGGGGCUUUUCUGCUUCAGAGAAUCUAAGGGUGGCCUUGAUGGCAUCCCAAGCCUUGCGGCACAACAGACCAACAAUGAGGUAGGUAGUCUUUUUAAUCAUUGAGGAAUACACUUCAAAACACUGCAUGGUAGCGGGAUGCAACUGACUGGGAGUGAAUUGAGCUCCUCAGAACAUUAUUAUCCAAACCUCUCUUAGUGGCAGUUGGCACAGUUCUUGUGCUUAUAAAAUUGUUAUACAUCUUGUCCAUUUUGAAAAUCACCAUGCAUUGGUUGCCUGUAUGAACUGAGAUUAGUAAGUUGUCUACUUUGGAACAGAGCUUUGUCAUAAUUUCCAAUUGAGAUUACUGUCCAAAUUGUUUGAUCUUUUUGUUAAUAAGAAUUAUUAAUAUCAAGCUUUUGAUAUCA